GGGCCUUCACCGAGCAGCGCUUCCAGCAGCUCUACGGGGCGCCCGAGCCCCGGGGCAGCCCGGCCGGGGCGCUGCGCCGGCGGGUGGCCCGGGGCUGCCGCUGCUCCGGGGCGGCCGCGCUGCGGCUCCUCCAGCGCCGGCUGCCCAUCGCCGCCUGGCUGCCGGGCUACCGGCCGGGGACCUGGCUGCUGGGGGACGCGCUGGCCGGGCUCACCGUGGGGGUCGUGCACAUCCCCCAGGGCAUGGCCUUUGCCCUCCUGGCCUCCGUGGCCCCCGUCUACGGACUCUACACCUCCUUCUUCCCUGUCAUCCUUUACAUGCUCUUUGGCACCGGGCGCCACGUCUCUACUGGCACCUUUGCCGUGGUGAGCCUGAUGACGGGCACUGCGGUGGAGCAGCUGGUGCCCUGGCCCCUGGGGCCCAAUGCAACCAGCGCGGAGCUGGCGUGGGUGGAGGAGCGCCGCGUUGGUGUGGUUGCUGCCAUGGCCUUCCUCGUGGGGCUCCUCAUGGUGGUGAUGUUCGUGGUCCAGCUGGGCUUCCUGGCCACCUACCUCUCGGAGCCCAUCAUCAAGGCCUUCACCAACGGGGCUGCCCUGCAUGUCUUGGUCUCCCAGCUGCCCAGCCUGCUGGGCCUGCCCCUGCCCCGCCGCACGGGCUCCUUCACCAUCUUCAAGACACUGGCAUCGGUGGCACAGGCUCUGCCCCGGACCAACAUGACCGAGCUGCUCAUCUCCGCCCUCUGCCUGGCCCUGCUGGUGCCCAUCAAGGAGAUCAACACCCGCUUCCGGAGCAAGCUGCGGACACCCAUUCCGGGGGAGAUCGUGGUGGUGCUGGCGGCCACCGGCGUCUGCUUUGCCUCCUCCCUGGACACACGCUAUGACGUGCAGGUAGUCGGCCACCUGCCAGCUGGGUUCCCGCAGCCCCGGCUCCCGGCCCUGCAGUCGCUGCCUCAGGUGCUUGGGGACACUGUGGCGGUCGCUUUUGUGGCCUAUGCCGUCUCUGUGUCGCUGGCCAUGAUCUAUGCUGAGAAGCAUGGCUACACCAUCAACCCCAACCAGGAGCUGCUGGCCCAUGGUGUUUCCAACCUGGUCUCCUCCCUCUUCACCUGCUUCCCAAGCUCAGCCACCCUGGCGACCACCAACAUCCUGGAGAGUGCGGGGGGGCACACGCAGCUCGCGGGCUUCUUCUCCGGCGCGGUGGUGCUCAUGGUCCUCAUGUGGCUCGGACCCCUCUUCCACUACCUGCCCAAGGCUGUCCUGGCCUGUAUCAAUGUCACCAGCCUGCGCCAGAUGGUCCUGCAGUUCUGGGACUUGCCCGAGCUCUGGAGGAUCAGCCGGAUUGACUUCGCUGUCUGGGUGGUCACCUGGCUGGCCGUGGUGGUGCUGAAUGUGGAUGUGGGCCUGGCCGUGGGGGUCGUGUUCUCCAUGAUGACUGUCCUCUACCGCACACAGAGGGCCGAGUGUAUGGUGCUGGGCAAAGCAGCCAACACGGAAAUCUACCGGCCUGUCCAACGUUACAGCAAGUGCUUUGAGAUUCCCGGCGUGACGAUCGUGGCUUACCACGCCCCCAUCUACUACGGCAACUGUGGCUUCUUCCGUGAGGCGCUGAGCCGGCAGCUGGGCCUGAGCUGGCCAGGGGGCAGCCAGGGGGAGAAGGCAGUGUGGGCCUUGGAGAGUGGGGCCAAAAUGAGCAUCAGCACUGUGGAAACCUGUGUCCCCAGCUCUGUGCCCGAUGGGAGAGCCGGGUGCCCCAGCUCAGGCACCACUGGCAGGACCCAGGCCGCGAUCCUCGACUGCAGCGGGAUUGCCUUCGUGGACUCUGCCGGGGCCCGGCUGCUCAUUCAGAUGUGCGUGGGGUGCCAGAAGGCUGGCAUCCGCAUGAACCUGGCAGCAUGUAAUGGUGAGGUCCUGGAGACGCUGACCAGCAGCGGCCUGGGGCAGCACCUCUCCCCACAGCAGGUGUUUGUGACGGUCCAGGACGCCAUCGCGUGCAUCACGCAAACCGCGGAAAAGGUGGCCGAGAAGAAUCUGGCAAUCUGGGUGUAGGGCCCCUGGCAAUGGAUCGCGGGCACCACCCGGCCUGUAGGGCCCCCGGGACCAGAUCGGCUCUUGGGCCGCAACAGCAGGUUGAAUUCCUGCUCUGCCCACAGGGCCUCCCCAGGACCAGGGGGCCAAGGAGCCGUUCGCAGACCACAGAGCCGUAGUGGGGCAGUUGCCUGCUCCCAGGACGGAGGGGGCCUCCUGCCCAGGUCACCAGGGGGACCUGACCUGGUGUGAGCAGUUUCCUUGCGGCCGGCAGGCAGGCCUGGUGCUGGCUGGGAAUCCAAGGGGGCAGAGCAGGUGCCCAGGUGCCAGUGUAGCAGCAGCCUGUCUGCCCCUGCAGGUGCCCAAAGGAUGGAGGGUGGGGGCAGGGAGUUAUGGGGGACAGGCCCACUACAGCUGGGAAGAGCAUGUGUGGGGGUGCUGGCAUUCUGGUUGGGGGAGGGGGCUCUAUGCCUCGUCCCUCCCCUCCCCAGCCUAUGUGGGGGGGGCGGCUUUCUCCAGCACCAGGGGAAAGAAAGAUCUACCCUGCCAGCUGCAAGGUGAUGGGAUCAGGGUAGGAGCUGGAUUUUAAUUGCCCCCCCCUUCCCCUGACAGAGACUCACAGACAGAGUUUAAACCACAGAAAGGAACCAAAAUCCCUUUUUAUUUGUGCUGGGGGGGGCUAACUCCCACAGCCCCCCGGGGCGGGGGCUGCUGUGGCCGCUGGUGUCACGGUGGCAUGGCACAAGGGCAGCUGCCCCUGGCCACUUCACGCAGGGAAGGGACAGGAGGGAAUGUGCUUUGGCAGGCAGGGGCCUCCCCCUGGCUGGGGUGGCCCCCUGCAUCCAGCCCUUCCCCCUCCCACUUCCUGGGGGGGGGCUGAGAUGGAGCUCAGGGCAUAAUCAUCCCCCCCACCCCCCCAAUCUGGCUGAUGGCUGGCCCUGGCCCCCAGCAUGGCCUGAAAGGCCACAGGCUGCAUCUGUUCCCUCAGCAUGCAACUCCUGCCCCAUAACAUGCUUCAGCACCCCCAAGGCUGCCCCCCAGCCCCAGACUGGCAUCACGCUACCAUCUUGCUAGCAAUGGUCUGGUGCCAAACUCCCCUCCAACCCCUGCUCUGGGUGGCUGGAGAGGCGCAUUACAGAGCUGGGCCACUAGAGGGUGACAUUGCAGCCAUGGGGGGGACACAGUGGGCAGGCUUUGGGGCCUGCAGGGGGUAUCCCCAUGGGCUGCUCCCUCUGAUGUCACCACCCCACUGGCUCUUCGGAGCCCAACCUUUGUACUUUAAAAAAAAAAAAAAAAGUUUUUCU